CGUCUACCGAAUGAACAUUAUAAUUCUGAAUUACGAUCGCGACGCGGCGUAAAGUCUCGGUCUGAUCGAAGUUCAGAAUUCUAAUGUUCACCCGGUAGACGCACCAUCUUACCGUAAGGCACCGUCCUUAUCAGUUACGAUGGCCAUGGUCAUUAUGGUCCGUGCCAUGGCCUCGUGGUACAUUUCUAAUUUGUAAUUGUAACUUGUAUGUAGGCAAGUGUUGCUUCCACUGCUACUAUCAUAUUCACUUAUAUUAGUACUGUAUGUGUUAAUAUAUAUACAUAAAUUUGCAUAUGUCACAUUACUACAUUACAUAUAACGAAUUUCGCGCUACUUGUAUGUGUACGUAUAUAUGUAUGCAUGUACGAAAAAUGGUAUUACGGUAUUACGUAAACGUUGUCAAACGAAAACAGAAACAUAUUCUACAGUAGAAAAAUUGAAAUUCUACAAAAGAAAUUUUUGUCUAACACAAUGAUUAACAAAGUUCUGCCAGGACUUGUAAGACGAAUAUUUUUCCAAAAUAUUUUACAAGCGAAACCACAAUGGGAUCAUAUAAAUACUAAAAUUGGAAUCAAUACUAUUACUACUACAGGUAUUGUUACCGACGAAACAGAACCACAAUUCCUGGGAAUAGAAGUCAAAUUUACAGACAAAUUACAAUUUUUUGAUAAGGAAAGUUACAACGCUUUACCCAUAUUUAGGAUUUUAAACUCAUCUAAACAAGAACAAUCACCUGAAAAACAUGAGUUAAGCGAGCAAACAUUGACUAAAAUGUAUUAUAAAAUGCUUACUUUGACGGUAAUGGAUAAAAUCCUUUACGAAUCUCAAAGACAAGGACGUAUAUCAUUUUAUAUGACUAAUACCGGCGAAGAAGCGCUUCAAAUUGGUUCUGCCGCAGCUCUUACAUUAGAAGAUAUCAUAUAUGCGCAAUAUCGUGAAGCUGGUGUAUUAUUGUGGCGUGGCUAUUCUAUUACAGAUUUUAUGAAUCAAUGUUACGGUAACCAUAAGGAUACUUCGAAGGGGAGGCAAAUGCCUGUUCAUUAUGGAUCGAGAAAACUGAACUUUGUCACUAUUUCUUCACCUUUAACAACACAAUUACCACAAGCUGUAGGUACGGCGUACGCGCUUAAACAAUCAAAAACUAGAAGCUGCGUAGCAUGUUAUUUUGGCGAAGGUGCAGCCAGCGAAGGAGAUGCUCAUGCAGCCUUCAAUUUUGCUGCAACUUUGGAGUGUCCAAUUAUUUUUAUCUGUCGAAAUAAUGGUUAUGCCAUUUCAACACCUUCGCUGGAACAAUUUAAAGGAGAUGGGAUCGCUGCUAGAGGCCCAGCCUAUGGGAUACGUACAAUUCGUGUAGACGGCAACGACAUUCUUGCUAUGUAUAGUGCAACGAAAGCUGCUCGUCGAUACUGCGUUGAGAAAGGAAAACCUGUUUUGAUCGAAGCUAUGACGUAUCGAAUGGGCCAUCACAGUACUUCCGAUGAUAGUAGCGCGUAUCGAUCGAUCAAUGAAAUAACUCGGUGGAAGUGCAAUUUGCCAAUCGCAAGAUUUCGAAGCUAUUUAGAAUCGAUGAACUUUUGGUGCGAAAAGCGAGAACAACAAUCGAACGAUGCCAUAAAAGAGUCCGUGUUACGCGCGUUUACGGAUGCAGAGAAAGAACUGAAACCUUGUUGGAAAGAAUUAUUCACGGAUAUAUACCACACGAUGCCAGUACAUAUCGAGAAGCAAUUACAUUCCAUGGCGAACCAUGUCGCAGAGUUUCAAGAAGAGUAUCCGACGCAUGCUUUUAAAUCGGAUUAGCGAUGUAAAAUUAUGCUAACGAUAGAAUAAAAUAUAAUUAUCAUGGCAAAAUUUGUAUAUUUUCUCUACGAAUAUAUAAUAUAGCUGUUACAAAAAAUUCAUACAUCCAUA